GGCCUAGCUCGGCCCCGUCUCCUCGCCGUGCAGCCCGGGCGGCUGCCCGCACCCCAGCGCCACCCCGGGCCCCCGUGUCUCUCCUGUGACCCUGCGGACACGGCUGGGGGUUAGAAUGGAACAAACUGAAGGCCCGAUGAGAAAAAGGGAAAGUUAAGGAUGCUGGAGCAGAACAAUGGAUUUCUCUUUCUCUUUCAUGCAAGGGAUCAUGGGAAACACAAUUCAGCAACCACCUCAACUCAUUGACUCCGCCAACAUCCGUCAGGAGGAUGCCUUUGAUAACAGCAGUGACAUUGUUGAAGAUGGUGGCCAUACACCAUAUGAAGCUACCUUGCAGCAAGGCUUUCAGUAUGCACCUACAACAGAAGAUCUUCCUCCACUCACAAAUGGCUAUCCACCAUCAAUCAGCAUGUAUGAAACCAAAUACCAGUCUUAUAAUCAGUAUCCCAAUGGAUCAGCCAAUGGCUUUGGUGCAGUUAGAAACUUUAGCCCCGCUGACUAUUACCAUUCAGAAAUUCCAAAUACAAGACCACAUGAAAUUCUGGAAAAACCUUCUCCUCCACAGCUACCACCUCCUCCUUCGGUACCACAAACUGUGAUUCCAAAGAAGACUGGCUCACCUGAAAUUAAACUGAAAAUAACCAAAACUAUCCAGAAUGGCAGGGAAUUGUUUGAGUCUUCCCUCUGUGGAGACCUUUUAAAUGAAGUACAGGCAAGUGAGCACACAAAGUCAAAGCAUGAAAGCAGAAAGGAAAAGAGGAAAAAAAGCAACAAGCAUGACUCAUCUAGAUCUGAAGAGCGCAAGUCACACAAAAUCCCCAAAUUAGAACCAGAGGAACAAAAUAGACCAAAUGAGAGGGUUGACCUUGUUUCUGAAAAACCAAGAGAAGAACCGGUACUAAAAGAGGAAACCUUGGUUCAGCCAAUAUUAUCUUCUGUUCCAACAACAGAAGUGUCCACUGGCGUUAAGUUCCAGGUUGGCGAUCUUGUUUGGUCAAAGGUGGGAACCUAUCCUUGGUGGCCUUGUAUGGUUUCAAGCGAUCCCCAGCUUGAGGUUCAUACCAAAAUAAACACAAGAGGUGCCCGGGAAUAUCACGUCCAGUUUUUUAGCAACCAACCAGAGAGGGCAUGGGUUCAUGAAAAACGGGUACGAGAGUAUAAAGGUCAUAAACAAUAUGAAGAAUUACUGGCUGAAGCAACCAAACAAGCCAGCAAUCACUCUGAGAAACAAAAGAUUCGGAAACCCCGACCACAGAGAGAGCGUGCUCAGUGGGAUAUUGGCAUUGCCCAUGCAGAGAAAGCAUUGAAAAUGACCCGAGAGGAAAGAAUAGAACAGUAUACCUUUAUCUAUAUUGAUAAACAGCCUGAGGAGGCUUUAUCCCAAGCGAAAAAGAAUGUUGCCUCCAAAGCGGAAGUUAAAAAACCCCGGAGACCAAGAUCAGUGCUGAAUACUCAGCAAGAACAGACCAAUACAGGUGAGGUGGCCUCCUCACCAUCAAGUACUGAGACACGGAGACUUAGCCAGAGGCGGCACACGAGUGUGGAAGAGGAAGAACCACCUCCUGUUAAAAUAGCCUGGAAAACAGCAGCAGCCAGGAAAUCAUUACCAGCUUCUAUUACAAUGCACAAAGGGAGCUUGGAUUUGCAGAAGUGCAACAUGUCUCCAGUUGUGAAAAUUGAACAAGUGUUUGCUCUUCAGAAUGCUACAGGAGAUGGGAAAUUUAUCGAUCAGUUUGUUUAUUCAACGAAGGGAAUUGGUAACAAGGCGGAAAUAAGUGUCAGGGGACAAGACAGACUUAUAAUUUCUACACCAAACCAGAAAAAUGAAAAGGCAACUCAGAAUAUAUCAUCUCCUGAAGCAACAUCUGGUUCUGCAGGCUCAGAAAAGAAACAACAGAGAAGAUCAAUUAGAACUCGUUCUGAAUCAGAGAAAUCCACUGAGGUUGUGCCAAAGAAGAAGAUCAAAAAGGAGCAGGUUGAAACGGUUCCUCAGACAACAGUGAAGACUGGAUUACAGAAAGGUGCCAGCGAGAUUUCAGAUUCCUGUAAACCUCUAAAGAAAAGGAGUCGCGCCUCAACUGAUGUAGAAAUGACUAGUUCAGCAUACAGAGACACAUCUGACUCUGAUUCUAGAGGCCUGAGUGACCUGCAGGUAGGCUUUGGAAAGCAAGUAGAUAGCCCUUCAGCUACUGCAGAUGCAGACAUUUCUGAUGUGCAGUCCGUGGACUCAAGUUUGUCAAGAAGAGGCUUUGGAAUGAGUAAGAAGGAGACUGUGUGUCAGAUCUGUGAAAGCUCUGGUGACUCUCUGAUUCCUUGUGAGGGAGAGUGCUACAAAUACUUUCACCUGGAGUGCCUGGGGGUGACAUCACUCCCCGAUGGGAAGUUCAUCUGCAUGGAAUGUAAAACCGGACAGCACCAAUGUUUUUCAUGUAAGGUAUCUGGUACAGAUGUGAAGCGUUGCUCUGUCGGUGCUUGUGGGAAAUUUUAUCAUGAAGCCUGUGUCCGCAAAUUCCCCACUGCCGUCUUUGAAUCUAAAGGAUUCCGCUGUCCCCAGCACUGCUGUUCUGCCUGCUCUAUGGAGAAAGAUAUCCACAAAGCAAGUAAAGGUCGCAUGAUGAGGUGUUUGAGAUGUCCAGUAGCCUAUCACUCUGGAGAUGCUUGCAUUGCUGCCGGAAGCAUAUUCGUGUCCUCCUACAUUCUCAUCUGUAGUAAUCAUUCCAAACGGAGCAGUAAUUCGUCCUCUGCUGUAAAUGUAGGCUUUUGUUUCGUUUGUGCAAGAGGGCUAAUAGUUCAGGAUCAUUCAGACCCCAUGUUCAGUUCAUAUGCCUAUAAAUCCCACUACCUACUGAAUGAAUCAAAUCGUGCAGAGUUGAUGAAAUUACCUAUGAUUCCUUCUUCGUCAGCUUCCAAAAAGAAAUAUGAGAAAGUUAUUAAGACUGUUUAUUUGUUUCAAGGUGGAAGAUUGCUCUGCUGUGAAUCGUGCCCAGCUUCCUUCCACCCAGAAUGCCUGAGCAUAGAAAUGCCAGAAGGCUGCUGGAAUUGUAAUGACUGUAAAGCUGGCAAGAAACUGCAUUACAAGCAGAUUGUUUGGGUCAAAUUGGGAAAUUACAGAUGGUGGCCAGCAGAGAUUUGCAAUCCCAGGUCUGUGCCACUGAACAUCCAGGGCCUUAAGCAUAACUUGGGGGACUUCCCUGUGUUCUUCUUUGGUUCUCAUGACUACUAUUGGGUGCACCAAGGCAGAGUGUUCCCUUAUGUUGAAGGAGACAAAAGCUUUGCUGAGGGGCAGACUAGUAUUAACAAGACCUUCAAAAAAGCUCUGGAAGAAGCUGCAAAACGUUUCCAGGAGCUGAAAGCACAAAGAGAAAGUAAAGAAGCACUAGAGAUUGAAAAAAACUCGAAAAAACCUCCUCCUUACAAACACAUCAAAGCUAACAAAGUCAUAGGAAAGGUGCAGAUCCAGGUUGCAGACCUGUCAGAGAUUCCCCGCUGUAACUGCAAGCCAGCCGAUGAGAACCCUUGCGGCUUGGAAUCCGAGUGCCUGAACAGAAUGCUGCAGUACGAGUGUCACCCGCAGGUGUGCCCCGCCGGGGAUCGUUGCCAGAACCAGUGCUUCACAAAGAGGCUCUACCCUGAUGCAGAAAUCAUCAAAACGGAGCGAAGAGGCUGGGGCCUCAGGACCAAAAGGAGCAUUAAGAAGGGUGAAUUUGUAAAUGAAUAUGUUGGCGAAUUAAUUGAUGAAGAAGAAUGCAGAUUGCGAAUCAAGCGAGCCCAUGAGAACAGUGUAACCAAUUUUUAUAUGUUAACUGUCACCAAGGACCGUAUAAUUGAUGCUGGCCCAAAAGGAAAUUACUCUCGCUUUAUGAAUCACAGUUGUAAUCCAAAUUGUGAAACACAAAAGUGGACAGUGAAUGGAGACGUUCGAGUGGGACUUUUUGCUCUGUGUGAUAUUCCUGCAGGAAUGGAGUUAACUUUUAAUUAUAACCUGGAUUGCCUGGGCAAUGGCAGGACGGAGUGCCACUGUGGGGCAGAGAACUGCAGUGGUUUUCUUGGAGUGCGGCCCAAGUCGGCAUGUGUGGCAACAACUGAAGAAAGGGCAAGAAAUGCUAAGUUAAAGCAGAAGAGACGAAAAAUCAAAACAGAAUCAAAGCAGAUGCAUGAAGAUUACUGUUUUCAAUGUGGAGAUGGUGGAGAGCUGGUCAUGUGUGACAAAAAGGACUGUCCCAAAGCAUACCACCUCCUAUGCCUUAACCUGACUCAGCCACCAUAUGGAAAGUGGGAGUGCCCGUGGCAUCAGUGCAAUGAGUGCAGCAGUGCAGCUGUUUUCUUCUGUGAGUUCUGUCCACGUUCCUUCUGUAAAGAUCAUGGGAAGGGAGCUCUGGUCCCCUCUGCACUGGAAGGCCUUCUCUGCUGCUCUGAACAUGACCCCGGGGCUCCUGUGCCACCAGAAUACUGGAGCAAGAUCAAGUGUAAAUUGGAAUCACAAGAUCAUGGAGAAGAAGCAAAAGAAUGAAUGGGUGGUGAUUUCCUUUUUCUUUGAACAAAAAGGAGAAGCAGACGUAAACAGGUGAUGUUAGUAAAGGAGAGACUGCUGCCAGGUGCCAUCAGUGCUGCCUUAUCAAGAGACUGGGAGCCGGUCCUGCAGGCAGCAGCAGUUGGUGAUAUCUGGAUUUUGUCUGAUUUUGUUGGUUUGGUGAUUCUUGAGUGGAAGGUUCGAUUCCCUUGGUCCUUUCUUGCUUUUUAUUUUGCUUCAAGGCCUUGCAGUUGGAAAAAAUAUGUCUUUGCUUUAAAAUUAGAACAAAAUGCAAGUUUUGUUAAUGAAAUGAGUGUAAAGUCCUUGGGUGUAAAAAGCAAAAGUCACCAUCAUUCCUUUAUUUAUUUUCAUUUUUUUAAAUGUUAAGUAUAGUUCAGAUAGUCUAAUCAGUGUAUGUGUGAGUGUGUUAGGUAAGAAUUGGAGAAAGCCCUCUAGCAAAGGAUGUGAUGAUCUCUGUAUACCUCUUUACUGUGGAGUAAUAGGCUAACCUCUUUCCCUUCACAAUGUCUUUCAUGGCCUUGGAGAAGGCUUCUAUGGAAGCAUUGAAUCUGGCUUCUUGAAAACAAAAUGCUUCCAUGGCUUUUACCUCUGUGGUCUUAAACUAAGUGGGUUUUGUGAUAUGAUAACUUUACCUAGAAAGUUAUAUAGUGUGAUUUUGGUUUCGGUUUGGAGAAAAAAAGAAAUGGAUGCACUUACUGAGUUUGGAAUGUUUUCCAUUGAUAGUGGGUAUUUUUGAUGAAGUGCAUUUAUGUAGAUAUGAAUGCAGUAUUAGAAUGGUCAUUCCUAUUUCUUUUAUAUAUAUAUAUAUAUUUUUAUUGAUUUCAGAGAGGAAGGGAGAGAGAGAUAGAAACAUAAGUGAUAGGAGAGAAUCAUUGAUCAGCUGCCUCCUACACACCCCCUACUGGGGAUGGAGCUCAUAACCCAGGCAUGUGCCCUGACAGGGAAUCAAACCAUGACCUCCUGGUUCAUAGGUUAACUUUCAACCACUGAACACAUUGGCCGGGCUCAUUCCUAUUUCUUGACACACAGAUAAAGGCAGCUAGAGGGGGACGAAAGGCACAGACCAAAAAAGUUGGAUGAUAUAAGCACCAUUUUCUGUCACACCCUAGUUGACUUGGAAAGAAUUAGGGUAUUUUAUUUUGUCCCUGUCCUAAUCAUACAUUCCCUUUAUCAACCGACUCCUCAAGUUUCCUGGUGAAACUACACAGACGAGUUUGAUUGUUUUUUAAUAGCUCUUUUUUGUUUAAUCCUAUUUGGGGUGGAAGGGGGCACAUCUCAAACUUCUGAGUCAGUAGUUGCUGUUAUCUGGUACUUAACGUUGUCCCCGUAGAAGGAGGGAGGGAAGCACUUCUACUGGGUGUAUAAUAGCCACACAAAUGCACUUCAUCUUAGGAGCCACUUAGGAAAAGCUCCAAGGAAGCAGUGUUAGCCAAAAUGAUUGGCUGUGGUGCUUGCAUCUCAUAGAUGCAAGUGUUCCAAGAUGUCUGCCCACAGAACUCACUUGCUUUUAACCCCAAGGAAUAUGUAUAUUCCAGUAGCCCUUGUAUGAAAUAAUUAGUGAUGUCAGACAUUGUUGUAACACUGUACUAAGUAGAAGUCUAGAAUUAGCUUGAAUGAACGUUAACUUUCUCUGUGAAUUUUGACUGCUUACAAUGAAUUGCUGGUACCUGGUAACAUUUCUUUUCCCUCAAGAAGCACCUAGUAACCUUGUGAAGGUAGGGAGGGUAGAUGCUAUACCACACUCCUUCAUUUGUGUUAUGUGUGUUUCUUUUUCUUACCAAUUUAGGGCUCUUCUCUGGAAAAAAAGAAAAGCUGUUUUGUGCCUCUUUUUUUUGUAUGUAAAUGUGCAAUGAUACUGGAUUUUUGUCUUGUGUGGGGGGGAACAAAACAGGAAAACAACACUACAGUUCCUUUACCUAAGCUCCUAAACUGCCACUUGCCUGAUUCUGGCAAUUAAUUUUGAGGUAACUUCUUGGGCCUCCAAUAGUUCUUUUGAUUAGAUAUGGUCCCAAAAGAAAGAGCAAAAUGGAAAAUGCUAUACAUGUUAGCAACUGUAAUUGCUACAAGUAACAUGGAUUACAUCUUGCCAAAACACUAACCUUUGCUCUUGAACAAUUAUAUAGCUUGAUGUCCUUUUAAAAAAUAAUUUAAGAAAAUCUAGGUUUUAUCAUACUAAAACUUUAUUUUCUAUAUAUAUAUAUGAUGUUUGCUUUUCUAAACUUACUAACAUGAAGGAUUUCCUUUCAUAUUCAAAAUGUAACUCUUGUUAAAACAAUAUCCAACAUGAAAUCUUAUCUCCUUAGUGCUAUUUGAUAUCUGAUGACUUUUAUAUGGUAAGCCAGGGUCUAGUCUAUAAACUACAAAUACCUUAGGUUUAAGUAUUUUUAUGCAGUUCCUCAUUGUGUCACAUUUUGUUUGUGUAUCUGUAACAGAGCUCUGCUGAGCCCGCUUAAUUUGGGGGGCGGGGAGGCUAACAGGAUUGUUCUGUCAUUUCAGAAAUCAGGGUAGAAAACAAAAUAGCUAACCCUAGCUCUGGGUCUGUGCAUGAGUGUUCUUUCAUGGUCUAAAAGGUGGUUUUAGUCAUGCCAGUGCUAAGGAGCUCUUCUCACUCCGCCAUCGUGUCACUGUUGAUAUUGAGUCCAUUGUGAAGUUGCAGGUUCUGGAAGCAGAAAGAGUACCUUGUGCUUUAAGUGUGCAGCGUAUACCUGCACUGUGCUUGCCUGUGCUUCCCCAGUGAAGUAUUCCAACACACAUUGCUCACUCAGUCUGAGGCUGGUAUUUGUUAACUUUUAAAUCUGUAUGUGGUCAGAGCAUACAUGCUUGGUUUUUAAUAUUGUCCAAAAUGAAAUAACUUAAAGCAGCUUGAGAUAAUGGUGGUAUUUUUUUUUUUUUAACCUCGUUAAUUCUUGGGAAGAAGUGAAGAUAAGAUUUUUCAUAAUCAGCAUAAAGCAUCAAAAAUUGGAUCAGUAACAACUAAAGAUGAAAUCCUGAUACAUUUCCAGGCGCUGAGCAGUGGAGAGGGGCUGGGCCAUGUGUGGCCGGCAUGGGGAGCGGGAGAGGCCAGGAGCAGCCAAGGAGGCUGAAGCAGCCCGAGGACACAGUCACUUCUUUAGUGUUUAAUCAGGGCUAGAAUGAGGAGUGGGAUGGGGUUUACUUUAUGUUUGUUUUAACAAGCUCCCAUUCUAUCACAAUUCUCAAAAGUAAUCUGGCCUAAGUUACAUAAUAGGCUUACUUUUAGAAUCAUCGAAACUUGUAUGUUCAAGGCAGGAACAUAUCUCAAAACUAAAAUAAUAAUGGGGGCAGGAAAGACUGCUCCAGUUCCCUUCUGCCAAUCCCAAAUAUUUGUAAAUAAUGUGCAAUUCUGAGGUGAUCACGUAAAGGACUCCCAGACGGGGCAGGCUGUUGGGCAGCUUUGCUGGUUGACGAAGUAGGGCCUCCUUUUGGAGUUGUUUGCGGCAUGGUAUGUAUUCCAGUCAGGGUCCAACCAGAUCUGCAGUUUGGAAACAGAUACAAGGGCCACUGUACAGAAUGUAAUCUCUGGACUACCCAGCACUUGUUGCUUGUCUUUUGUUUCAUUUUUAAACACAAAGCUUCCUUUAACGUUCACCUUAAAGUCAAGGUGCUGCCACUGGCCAUGUCCCAGCAGGACAAGAAAACAGUCACCACUUGGGAAGCUUACGUGUGAUGUGCUUGUCCACGAGGUACGAUGGAUGAUACUGGCGAGCUGCUCUGGGCAGUGUCAGUCAGACUUGUAAUGCUUCUUUUACAAGGCUGAUGUAUCCAGCCACCCCCGAGUUGUCCAAGUUGCUGCAGACAUGGAAUGAUCAUUGGGAAUAACUCCCUUGGACCGAGGGCCACAUAGAUUUGGUCUGUGGCCAUUUGUCAAAAAGAGAAGAACUUACUCCCAUUUCCAGAUUAGCUAGGGCAUAGAUAUAAUUAGACAGCUUUGUCAUGUAUUAACAAGUAUUGAAAAGUUGGAAAUUUGUAUAUACUGAAAUCUAUCAACUUCUAUCUGGGGUGGGGCACAGGGAGAAGAGGGGGUGGGACAGCAGGGUAAGGGAGGGGACGAUGAUGUUUACCACAGGUGCGAAGUAGUCACUUUAACUUUGAGACCUCUGCCUCAUGAAUUCAGGUGUUUUUAAGUACUUGAAAGUCUUCAGAUUCUCCUUAUUUUAACAGUUAUUUUUAAAUUUAUGAAGUAGAAAGCAUUGUUUUAUACACUGUUUUGAAAAUAGCCUAGUCUCUCAUCCUCUUUCACACGAAUUAAAGGUGAAGUUCUGCAAGUAGGAGAGCGUGCUCACAGUAGGUUUCUCAGAUCUAAUGUACACGGGAUGCCAGAAGCAUUUCGAUGAAUAUUUCCCAGGUAGGUUCUUUAUCAUUUUGUCAACCCAAGCACCUCUUCUCUCUAAUGUAUGUAUGCCUGCCUGGGAAGGGGGUGGGGGGAAUUUGCACUUACGUUACACCCUUGAAAUGCUGGGUGUAACCUGUGUGUUUAAAAAACAUUUUUUUUUUUUUUUUUUUUUUUUUUGUCCAUUGCUUAAGUGACCAUUUGAAGUACUUGUGGCACAUAUGUAUGAAGGGGGAUGAGAAAGAGAGUUACCUGUUUUUUUGGUAGCCUCCGAAAGUCAUUAACAUGUAAGUAAAAGGGAAAAGAUGAGUAGUUGCCAAAGUCAUUUAUUCAGUCCUUAGUUUUCUUAUGUCCUUAGUUAUUCUAUCUGCAUAUUGGCAAGAAGCACCCUCAGGCUCCAGUACUUCCUUCCCUGGCCACCACAGACUUCUGAUAUGUGUGAAUGCAGAUUAUCUGGAUUAGGUAUUGGUAAGGUAUUCCUGUCAGUUUGGAAGUGGACUGGAUAAAAUUUGUUUAUAUCUAUUUCAUUUGUUUAUAUCUAUUUAAUUUGUGCAUUCUUGUUAAAAAAGAAAAUCAUUAUUGCCACAGACAACCAAGUUGCUAAAUGAUGAUUACAACUAGCUAAUAAUAAGGUUCUUUUUAUAUACAAGGGUGUGUGCAAAUUUGAAUUGAUAUGAGAAAUUCAUUUUUACCCACUUGUGAUAUUGCACAAACACAGAUACCGACAGAUUCUGUUUUCAUUUCUUUGUGAUCUUUAUGAUAACAACCUUUGUAGAUUGGUUAUUUCUGUACUUUAUCUGUAAUAAACUUUGUAGAUCCUGUGAAUUGUUAUUUUACCUAAAUCACUUGAGACUUGAGUCUUUAAUAACAAAGCACCAAUAUUCACUAAAGUCAAUCUCUUGUGAGUUUCUGUGACUCGGCUAGAAGCUCGACACUAAAGGAUUAGUGACCGUUUUCCUGGGGGUGUUCCACUAGGGCAUUACUGUAUAGCGACUUGAUGUUGCCACACAGACUUCAGGAUAUAUAUUUUGGGGAUUUUGUUGGCUGGCCUAUGUUUUACUGCAUAGUGUGAAUUGUGCAAAGCUUGGUUAACCUGUAUAUAGAUCACUUACUGUUGACUCGAUAUCGUGUAUUUAGGAUUGCCUGUAAUAUUUAAGCUGCUUACUGCUGUCUGUGCUGGUAGGAAUCAAUUUUUGUAUAUUAUAUUUACUGAGAUGUUGCCUUUUUUAUUUUAUAAAUACUUUGGAAUUUAAAUGUGGUUUGUUUUGUUGUGUUUUUUUUUGCUUCCGUGAGGAUUAAUUUGGAAAGGUUUUUAAUGACAUUCCACUGAUUUCAGAUUUUGCUUGAGAUUGACUUCAAUAAAUUGUCCUGUAUGUUCCAAAUUAAA